UUCUUUAUUUAAUAUUCUUGAAUAAGAUGUCUGAUGACAUAGAGUCUCAACAAGAUGAACUAAGUGUGCUUUCCUCUAUAUAUGGUAAAGAUUUUUAUUUGCACAAUAGUAAUCAAUUUGAUAUUUGUGUAUCUUGUGAAAAAGAUGAGUGGUGGGCAGUAACUAUUUCUGGACUUCUUCCAUUAACAUAUCCUUCAAAAGAUCCUCCAGUAUUUGAAAUACAUACCGAAUGUCUUUCCACUGUUGAGUUAGUUGCCAUUCAUAAAGAGUUAGAACUUUUGUGGAAUAAAAAUUAUGGGAAUCCAGUUUUAUAUAGUUGGGUUGAAAAGAUCAGAGAAAUGCUUCAAGAAAAGUAUGAGCUUGCAAAGAUGUUUAUUGAAUCUACAAAUGAAGAUAAAGAUCGUGAAAAGAAAAUUACAAGUUUGCUUCGAAAUGAUGAAUCAACUAAAGAUGAUGAUUGUUAUACUGAUGGUGACUUGAUUAAUUUUUUUUCUGGAGAACCAAUGACUGUUAAAAAAAGCACAUUUCAAGGUCAUGUUGCAUUUGUUAAAAGUCUUAAUGAAGUUGAAACUUUUCUUUCCCAAUUAAAAAGGAAUCGUAAAGUUUCUCAAGCAACACAUAAUAUUGUUGCGUAUCGUGUCUGUGGAAUUAAUGAAGGUUCUUAUAUUCAAGACUAUGCAGAUGAUGGAGAGAUUCAUGCAGGCGCAAGGUUACUUCAUUUACUACAGAUUAUGGAUGUUAAAAACAUUGUUGUUGUUGUUUCACGUUAUUUUGGGGGUGUUUUACUUGGUCCAGAUCGAUUUAGACAAAUAAACAAUUGUGCACGAGAUGUUAUUACUCAAUCUGGAUUUUUUAAACUUGAUACUAAAAAAAAUUUAAGGAAAAAAUAAGAUUUUAAUUGAA